AUGUAUGCCGAGGAACAAGAAUACAUUCUCCAAGCAGAUUAUGUAACAAAUCACGGCAAUGGCGGUCUAAAUGUUUCACUUGAAUUGGAUGCGCAGUCAAGCAAUUGGUAUGAUUUGAUACCUCAAGUCAUCAAGCCGAGUUUGAUACCAACUGGCAUUUCCAUUCAAGAAACCAUGCUGGUCCUCCGUUAUUACUCUGCGAAGGACAUUAUAUUCCGUCCUUUCCUUUUAUUUGCGUGCAGCCUCCCUCCAACCAUCCAGCCUCCGCAGGCCUUGCUCGAAAUUUCGCAAACGGCAGCGUAUAGCUGUCAACAGUAUAUUCGUGUUGCUGCAAUGAGAUUGAGCGAACCCUCUGCUUCAACAGAGAUUGUCAUUCACUCGUGA